GUGACGUCUUCACGGCCGUAAAAUGUAAAUAAUGAAUACCUUCAUAACCUGAUAACAUACCUACCUACCUCUAUCUAUCGCAGUAAAUCCAGCAGCCACCUUAAAAUCAUUCAUUAAUUAGAUAUGGAACUGGUACCUUGUUACGGGUGUCUAUCUUAUCUCGCCACUACAAAUUCGAAGCCUCAUUAUUAAGACGCGCCGAACCGAGGAACAAGAAAUGUUUGCCUUAUCGAAACCCAUCCCUCCAUUAUAUACCGUCUAUAUAUUACGUUCAACCGUCCGCAAUGCCUCGUUAUAUAUUGGCUCAACGCCUAAUCCGCCACGGCGGCUGAAGCAGCACAACGGUGAGGUCAAAGGUGGCGCUGCACGCACAUCGAGGAGCAAGCUGAGGCCGUGGGAGAUGGUCGGCCUCGUAUCAGGAUUCCCUGGAAUGGUGGCUGCCUUAAAAUUUGAGUGGGCUCUUACCAAUCCCCACGUAUCACUACAUAUUCCAUCUACAUCUCGGAUAUCUACCGCAGCGGGAAGGAAGCGGAAUGGCCGCCCUAGACGUCCACGGCAUACCCUAACAUCUAUACUAUCGAACCUGCAUCUUCUCCUACGUGUUCCUAGUUUCUCAAGAUGGCCUCUAAAUUUACACUUCUUCGCGCCUGAAGUUCACGAAGCUUGGAAUAAAUGGUGUGAUACGGUAGAUGAGCCUCUUCGGGAUACGAUCCGGGUGUUGACCGAUUUCAACCCGGGGGGAACUAGUCAGAGAGAUAGCGAGAGUUCUGAUACCGAGAAUGAGGUAGAGCGACUUUGGGGCAUCCAUGCUUUGCCACUCGACUACGCCCCGAUGAGGACUUAUGUAACGAAGACACAGUCCAUCUAUGACUUUGAGAGGGAAGGUGACUGCAUAGUCUGCAAAGAGCACCUUGAGCCGGGCAAGGGUCUCUAUGCAACCUGCCCAAAUACUGAUUGUGAGGGCACCGGGCAUAUAUCAUGCUGGAGUAGACACCUGCUUGGAAAAGAGGCCGACGAGGAGAUCAUACCUAUAUCUGGACGCUGUCCAAAGUGUAAAGGCGAAGUGGUGUGGGUUGAUCUCAUGAAGGAGAUGAGCUUGAGGAUAAGAGGGGUUAAGGAGGUUGAGAAGCUGCUUAAGAAACCUAGAAAGCGAAAGACACGAGCUGAAUCUAAUAUAUAAAAUUGUAGUCCAUUUGUUUAUUCCGUCGUUAUAUUCGUAUCCUAUUUAAUAUGAGCAAUACUAAACCCGAGCGUGUACGACGCAAAAAGAUACCUCAAAUGGUAGGCAAGGUAGG